AUGCCGACAUUUUUAUGUCUUUGUAUUCGAGAAUUUCUUGUGUUUGUUGCUUUAUUUACAAUUGUUGCGCAAUACAAUUUCUCGAAUAAUCCGGUCAUUUUUGUGAUUUUGCUUUUUUUUUCUUGUUUACCGCUUCUAUUUUCUCACACCUUUAAAUUCUCCGAGAGCGGUACUCGCGCGCGGCUAUCUUUAAAAGAGUUUAAAAAGGUAAGGAGAGGAGCAGAAGGAAAAACCGGAAAGGUAGAGAGGAAUAUAUAG